AUGUGCUCCCGUCAGGACAAGGACCAGUGCCACCAGCAGGAACGCUCCUGCUGCCACAGCGGCGGAUCCGGUUGCCACGGGAGCAGUGGCGGAUCCGGUUGCCAAAGGAGCAGUGGCGGAUCUGGCUGCCAUGGAAGCAGUGGCGGAUCCGGUUGCCGCACGACCAGCGGAUCUGGAUGCCACGGGAGCAGCGGAUCCAGUUGCCAAAGGAGCAGUGGAUCUGGCUGCCACGGGAGCAGUGGCGGAUCCGGCUGCCACGGGAGCAGCGGAUCUGGUUGCCACGGGAGCAGCGGGGGAUCCUGCCAUGGAAAGCCGCAGGAGUGCCAGCAGCAAAUCUACCAAGUGUCCUCAAAUAUGAAGUGA